GGUGUGCGAGCGCGAGCUGCGGACGUGAGCAUACGUUUCGGUGAUUUUUGCGUCCAAAAUGUAGUGUUAUCUCGCCGCUACGUGCUCUCAUCUAAGCGACUGAGACGAAUGUGAGGUUUCCACGUGCCGAGCUGCCAUGCAUCACGAAAUGUGGAGCUUUGGGCCUUGAACACUGCAAACAUGGGCUCAGUUGUUCUCGAAGAGUACGAGCUGCUUGGUGACCCCAAGUACCGUGCCUAUGUCACUGCCAUUGACAAAGCUCUCAAAAGCUUUGAUAACACCAGUGAAUGGGCUGACCUCAUUUCAGCCCUUGGAAAGCUGAACAAGGUGGUGUCCAGCCACCUCAAGUACCAGGUGGUGCCCCGUCGUUUGACCAUCAGCAAGCGGCUGGCACAAUGCAUGCACCCCGCGCUGCCAAGUGGCGUCCACCUCAAGGCUCUGGAGUCGUACGACCUCAUCCUGAGAGCAGUGGGGCCCCAGAGGCUCGGCCAAGAGCUCUUCUUGUACGGUGCCGGCCUUUUCCCACUCCUGGCGCACGCCGCCAUGAAUGUGCGGCCUGCGCUUUUGAGCCUCUACGAGACGCACUUUCUUCCACUGGGCGAGCGUCUGCGGCCGGGACUGAAUGGGUUCCUCAUUGGUGUCCUUCCAGGUUUGGAAGAAGGUUCGGACUACUAUGAAAGGACAGACAAGCUGCUUCUCGAUGUUUGUGUAGCAGUCGAGAAGAGUUACUUCUAUGGCAGCCUGUGGAAGUGCAUAUUAUGUAACCCAGGAAUCCGUCAGGCAGCGAUCAACUUCAUUGUCUCCCAUUACAACCGACGACUUAGCAUGGAGGACCAGCUGUAUGUCAUCGGCACCGACAUCGACUGCAUGGUCCAGGCACUGUGUGCUUCGCUUCAGGACUCGAGCAUCCUGGUACAGAGGAGCACACUAGAGCUUCUGCUCCUGGGUUUUCCCCUGCACAACUGCUCGUUAGUGUAUGGGGACAGGGUCCGCGUUUGCACAGCAGCACUGGGUGUCCUGCUUCGGAGGGACAUGUCACUGAACCGGCGACUCUUUGCCUGGCUGUUUGGAAGUGAUGGGUCGUCUACUAUCAGUGUCGUGCCAUCGCCCGAGUCUACAGGAUCGUCCGAGCCACCGCCAUCUCCCGUGCCCGACUCUCCAGAGCCUACGCAUGCAACAUACUUCCACUCGCAUUCGAGUGCUCUCCUGUUGGAUGCCAUUAAGUGCUUGUUCAGUCCUUCAACAUCCAGGUCACCUGUUCUCAGCAGCAACUUUUCAGUCCUUUGGCCAUACAGGAUUCUUGUCUCCCUCAUGGACAAGCCUGAAACAAGUUUUAUACUGGACGAUGUUCUCAUUGAUGUUUUCAGGUCUCUGUAUAUUGAGUGUAACCUAGGGACGGUGACCAAGUCUCAUCAGGAGAAACAAGUCAACCGAAGCAACUUUGAGCUGAUCAAGACGGCCAAUCUGCUGUUCAGCUCCCUGGAGCCCAACUAUCUCUGGGAGUACGUGCACAAAUGCUUCCAGGGUGCUUGCGAGUGUGCGUCAUCAUCUGCUACCAAGGUGCCUCCCCAGGCAAAGUGCAGCGAAGGAAACAAGGUGGCUCAUGUUGGCGCUGGACAGCCAUCACUGAUUGAAGUGUGUGUCCUUUCAGAGUUUCUGCUGGAAGUCAUCUCAUUGGACACAUACGUGGAGACAGACAACCUCCCAGCGCUCCUACAGAAAGUUGCAAAAGAUUUAGAGCAGUACUGUGUCUCGCUCUCACCGGAAGAGCUCAACGGUGCUCUGCUUCUUUGUUUAAAACUUCUUUCCAAGGUACAGCCAACGACCAUGCAACCCAACUCUUCGGCCGUGGAGCCAGCCUGCUCUCCUGCCGAUUCGCUCAUUACCAGUCGCCUGCAGACAUCGGAAAAGUUUUCGACGUCUUGCGAAGAGGAGCUGUCUCUGGCAAAUCUUAUUUCUAGCUGCACGUUGUCCUUCCAGCAUCUGUUUCUUCGAUUUGUCGAGCUUUGGGUACUCACCGAUGCCAUUGCUGUCUUGAACCAGUUUGCCACUGCGCUUAUCUCCAAGAGAGCCAAGAAAGAUGAUAGGGAGAAAGAGCUGCAUGGGCUGUUGCAGCUGUGCUUGCUUCAGGAGGAAGGUGGUGACCCGUACCAAAGCAUCGAGCUGCCACAAGUGCCACCCAGGCCACUGGAGAAUGCUGACAUUCCGCAGAUUAAGCUGCAGGUGCAGUCUUGUUUCAGCAAGCUGAAGGAUACUUACGCUACCCUAUGCCAGCUUCUGGUUGAGCUGUCCUCAUUUCCAGCAUCUCUGGGAACACUCAAAGCCAUCUUCUUUGAUGUGGACUCUCCACGUAGCGCUGAUGAAGAGUUCCUCCCCAACUGGCUGCGACAGUUGCUCAUGAUUUCCUGCUUCGCGGAAGACCGUGACCUUCUGUUGCAGACCCUUGCCACUGUGCUCGAUUUGCUGGGCCUUGCGAGAACAGCCGCUGUCGCCCUAGAGCCAUCGUUCCGCGAUGGAAACCGUAGUCUUUCUCCAGGCAGCCAGGCAACCCUGGCGAUGGUGGUCGUGCCGAUGGUACGACCUGGGGACUUGCGUGCGAUUCUGGAACGGACGCGCUUUGUGAGCUUGGCUGCAGGUCGCCUCUGGGGCUUGCUGGAGCCAGGGGCCAGUGAGCUGCACCUCCGAUCGGUCGAACUGCUGCAACUCCUCAACAAUCUAACGCCAGAGCAGGAUGGUUCCUGCGAAGACGUCUUGUGCCGGGCACUAGGCCAGGAACAAACAGAUGCCCAGAAAAGGUUUGCCAUCCUCUGGCAUCUGAGCAGAGACCUCAAGUUCAAGUCUACUCCAUCAAACCUUGUUCGUCCAUUUGACAGGUGCCUGUUCCAGAUGCUGCACAGCUUGAGUAGACCUUCUGGGAUGCAAAGGGCUGCCGCCCAAGUCUGGCUGAAUCACUCGCUCAUGCGAGGCGACCUUGCUCGACUGCUGGAGCCCUCCAUGAUGGUGCUUCUGCACCCGGACACUGCCCGCAUUUCGGUGCAGCACGUGAGUGUGCGAGCAGGAGCUGCCACUACACAAGCAGCGGUGACUGCCGAUGCCGCCCCGGCCAUCACCCACGACGACUCCAAUGCAGAGGGCCGCAUCUUCGCCAUCAGCAGCGUUGGUGGAAAUGUCAUUUACCAUGUGGACAAGACCAAGGCAACCGCUCUCACGGCUGGCAACACUAGCGCUGUCGCACCCUUGAACCCCGAGAGGAAAGUGCUGGCGCUGACCUCCAUUGUUGGCCCUGAAAAGGGAAACGGUUCAAAGGUUAGAAUCAGCUGGUUGUUUUGUUGUCAUACAGUGUGGCUUCAGUAUCAUUUGUUGUCAUUUUUUUUUUUAUUGCAGGUUGUGACACGCAGUUCAAACGUAGAUGUGGAGUUUCCCCCAGCACUUGAAUCUUUGCAUCAGAUAUCAUUGUUCAUCAAUCCAUUCGGGUCGCUGACUUCACUGGGAAGUGACUAUGGUCUGGACUCGUAUAGCUACGACCCUCCAGACCUCUCCAACGCAACGCGAAUCGAUGGCUCCGCCCUGCGAAAGAGUUCGUUUGAUGAGUCGGACGACCCAAGCUCUAAGGAAGACUCGCACACUGUUGUGCGAUCGAUAAUCGACGAGAUACUGGACCUUGCCACUGCAUCAGAGCCCAAGGAGCCCCUCGAAAGCACUACGCAGAACUUGUUCGGCGAGGACGCAACUCGACUGGAAGCCACUUCCAACGCCCCUUUAGGGCAGCUUACCUCUCACCCCCUUCACACGCACCUCCUGUUGUACUGCCAAGUGUUCGAUUCGCAGAAGACUCUGUAUGCUCUCACGGUGUUGAAGACCAUUAUCGAGUCAAACCCACGUGUGGCACUGUGCAGUAUGGCGACCACAAGCGUUAGUAGCUCGUUGUCACAACGUGGUGCACAGCUGCAGACCUUGCUUGCUCGUCAUCGCAAAUCCGUCUUUGGCAACAACUUCCACGGCGAGCUGGCUCCAGAAGCACUUUCGGGCUACCGCAGCAGCAUGUUUCUUGAGGUGCUGGUAUCGGCCUGCUUAUACUUUGUGCGAAGCUACUACCCAAGUCUGCCACAGACACACUUAACCCCAGCCGAGCUUUCGGGAAACCGGGACGUGCGGUUACUCUGUUGCGAGCUGUUGCGCUUGGUUUUUUCCGAGCUCGUUGCAGUUGUGCGGGACAGUGGCCGCAGUUUUGCCAUCUACCUUAAUGACCUUCUCACUAGGUGCAAAGUGCAGAAGGCCCUUUUGCACUGUCUUGUAGCAUCUGUGUAUGGCUUCCAGAAACCGUCCUCGGAGAAUGACAAUGCUUUGACAGUUGGCAUCAUUGAGUUCAACGAGAAGAUACCUGCUGGUGAGGGUUUAGCCGAGGACUUCCAGGAAACCUUUCAGGUUUACUUAUUGCAGCUGAUUGCAGCGCUUAUUGUAUUUGAGGAGAGAGUCACUUCCCAUAUUGGAGAGGAUGGCCAUCCUGGUCUCAAGCCUGCCACUGAGAAGGCCGCACCUAAGAUGCGGUUUCAGCCGCAGAUGUCCACACUGCGAUACCAACACAAUGUGCCCAUUCCUUGCCAGGCCAUGUUUGGCACGGCCCUGCUGACCGCGUUGAGGCAGCAGCACAAGGCUCACCUGCACGCCCACUGGAUGAGCCUGGUUAUGUGUGCGCUGCCCUUUGCGGGCAAGUCUCUCACCCAGCUGGUGCUCUCCGUGGCCAGCCAGGUGUGCUCCAACCUGGAAGUGGCCGUGGCUGCACCAAGCACAUCCAACAGUCCCUUGGAGCAGGAGGGCAUGUCUACCUACCCGCCUGACUACCUAACUUUACUGGUCGAAGGACUGACGCUGCUGUGCCAUUAUUGCCUACUGGACAGUGCUGCACCCGCGGCAGUGACUCCCGUUACUCAACAGCCACCUCCCACUCCACAGGCACUUGCUACCAGUGCCAACGUAUCGCAGAUAAUCUACAACCUCAUCCACGUGUUUUCCAACACUGAUCCACACAAGGACAUGCAUGCCCGCGAGAGCGGAAGCAGCUUGGACCCCAUCCUUUCAACACGUCGCACCCUGCUGAGCAACCUUCCUCGCCUGCUGGCUGCCCUUGUGUCUGUCUGGGAGGCUGUUUCCCGAGAAGAGAAGGACCCCUUUCAGCUGAGCCCCAAGCUUGCACAGCUGUGGGUCAUGGGUGCCCCCAAGGUUGUGAAGCAGCAUAUCUUGAGUUUCCUGAGCCCCAUCUCAAUGACCUAUGGCUCCAACUUCAUGGCAGCUGUUGCCGUUGUGUGGUACGAGCGAAGAAAGAAGAACACAUCUGUUCAACGCAAGGUGAUCCCCCAGUGGAGUCCUGACCAGCUGCUGUUGGUGGAACUGGUGUCGGCCAUCAAGGUUCUUCCCAUGGACAGUGUGGUCCAAGUUGUACGGCAAGUCAUCCGCCAGCCACCUCCCACCAACCACGACCGCAAGAAGCGGGUUCCCCUGGAAGUGAGCAUGCUGCAGUUCUUCCUGGCUUACGUGCAACACACGCCAGGCACCCAGCUGCAGGAGUCUUGGAGCUCCCUGCUGGGUCUGUGGAAGGACGGCCUUCAGCUCACAGCCAUGCCCUUGGUGCAGUUCCACCUGCUUGGGCUACUCCACGAGUUUGUUCAACGAGCACCCCUGCUUGAGGACAAAAAGGACCAGAAGGAUUUGCAGGACAUAACUCAGAAAGUGAUAGAGGCAUGCAGCACUGUGGCAAGUGCCAGCUUGGAGCAGACAACAUGGCUUCGUAGGAACCUUGCCGUUCGGCCAGGUCCCCAACCUGACAUCAUGGGCAGUGAUGCUGACGCUGAAGGGGACAUGGUUGCGGCAAGUGAAGGCAUCCUUGUAAAUGACGCGACACAACCUGAACAAGCGGCCGUGCAGCCAGCGUACAAUCCUACGUCCUAUGCCCAGUACAGCGUUCAAGCACUUUCUGUCCUAGCAGAGUUUUUAGCUCCAGUGCUUGAUGUCGUCUAUGUGAGCGAAGAGAAGGAAAAAGUUGUCCCACUAUUGAGUGGAAUUAUGUUCUACGUCACGCCAUACCUCCGAAACCACAGGGUGCACAAUGCACCCAGCUUUCGGGCUUGCUCGCAACUGGUGUCGAGCCUGUCGGGUUACCAACACACUCGCAAGGCAUGGCGGCGUGAUGCGCUCGAGCUGCUGGUUGAGCCGGCCUUUUUCCAAAUGGAUCUGGUCUGCCUCGCUCACUGGCGUGCCACAGUGGACCACCUCAUGACAAAUGACAAGACCACCUUCAGGGACUUCAUGGCCCGUUUUGCAGUGGCACAGAGUGGCUCGUUGAACAUCUUCAGCAGCAAGGAGCAAGAGUACGAGGUUCGGGCACAGCUGCUCAAGCGGCUAGCCUUCGUGAUUUUCUGCAGCGAGCUGGACCAAUACCAGCGCUACAUGCCAGACAUCCAGGAGCGCCUUGCGGAAAGCCUCAAGCUGAGCCACGUGCCAAGCGUACACGCACAGGUGUUCCUCUGCUUCCGAGUGCUGUUGCUGCGAAUGUCGUCACAGCACAUCACUUCUCUUUGGCCGGGUAUCAUCACUGAACUGGUUCAAGCUUUCCUCCAAAUAGAGCAAGAGCUGUCCACAGACACGGAGGAGUUCAGACGGAACCCAAGCUCGCACCUGCGCAGGCUGCAAGGCCUCGACAGCAGCUGGGCAGUGAGCAAUGGACUCAAUGCCCACAACCACCCAGCUUGGCUGCAGCUUUAUCUGUCGGCCUGCAAGCUGCUCGACCUGGCUGUUGCCCUACCUGCCGACAUGCUGCCCCAGUUUCAAAUGUAUCGGUGGGCAUUCAUUGGCGACAAUGCCCCACUGUCACACGAUGGCACCCAGUCCCAGCAAGAGUCGCAACCUAAGGGCCAGCAUGAGUUUGUGCCUCACAUUGUCCGGCUCGCUGCGCUCAUGAACAAGAAUAAUCCAAAUUAUGAGAACCCACACUACAAAAAUGGGCGUCCUCUGCUCAACCUGACCUCUAUAAAGUCAUUCUACGACCUCCAGGGUUUUUUCAACAGCCUCAUUAGUGGGUCUAACAACAAUGUGGAUGUUCAGUGUGCCUUUGAGAACAGUGCAUCCAACGCUCGCUCCAGCGAGCUGUCAAAGUCUCGCUCGGCGCCGGAGCUUGCAACCAUGGCACUGGGAACUCAAGUGCCACCAACUGAAGACACGGUCUUUCAGACAACUCUCCAGUGCGUGGAGCACAUUCUCGAACUCGACUUCUUAGAGCCACGCCAGUCGUGACACAACCGCAGAAAUGUCAAGAAUCACCUCGGUGGAGAGCAUGCGGUUUUUCUUUUUUACUACUAUCACUACUACUCCAGCUUGCUUCUCGGGUCCAUGGAUUGCAAAGCUUUCUUGGAGUUUCACCUUAGCUAGUCACGACGUUACUUUCAUGUUCCACUCCAUUGCGUAAAUUUUAUACUGUAAAUAUCUAUAUGUAUGUAUUGUCGUUAUUGAUUGUGACAAUGCCUCGUUGUUAGAUCAGAUGAACGCUUCCAAAAUGCCAAGAAGCUUAUUUUUAUUGUCGCUAAUAUGAUAUACUGGUAUGUCAAAUCGCAACGUGGCGUAAUCUGUUCUGCCCUAUUGUGAUAAUUCCAUAUGUACUGCUUUUUUUUGCACUUGAUAAAGCUUUGCGGCACCUGAUGACUGGCUCUUGGGCACAUCUAAACUUGACAAUGCAAAAGGGGACUUGCUGAUGGUGGGUAAAGCUCAAACACCAACCACUUGGUAAACCUUCCUCAAUGAAUAAUUGAUCAUGUCUGCGUGUAAAAUAUGUAUUACUAAUAGCUAACUACGGUGCAAUGCCUUUACAAACACAAAGUGAUGUGCUGCAGAAGAACCUGGGUUGGUGCAAGCAGAGUAGCGAGAUUUGUUGUUUCGCCAUAAUUUUAGGUUUGUGGUGUCCCGAACAUUUUAGCUUGUUACUUACGAUACAUGCAAAAGCUGUUGUGUGGCGAGAGAAUUUUCAUAUAUUCUGCGACGUUACAGAGGUUUUUGUCUUUCAGUUGAAUUGUACAUCUUUUAUUUUUAAAUCCAGAAACUUAGCCACUUUUAUUAGUACACUAUGAAUGUUACAGUGUCAACAGUUACA